ACAUUUUUAAAACUCCAAAAUGGCGCCAGUAAAAAAGCCGAAGAAUUUAUUGAAAUCAAUGGAGAAACCGAUCGAAAAACCGAUUAUAAAAAAUAAGAUGAAAAAAAGGAAUUACCAUAGUUUCUCUAUUUACAUCUAUAAGUUAUUGAGAAGUAUAUUAAAAGAAAACUUCGGUAUAUCGAAAAAGUCAAUGCAGAUUAUGAAUAAUUUUGUAAACGACAUGAUAGAAAAAAUAGCUGAAGAAGCUGGAAGACUUGUCGUACAUUCAAAGAGGAGUACUUUGGGAAGUGCAGAAAUUCGGACCGCUAUCAAACUUCUUGUUCCAGGGGAAUUAGCGAAACACGCGUUAGUCGAAGGAGCCAAAGCACUUAAGGCGUACAAUGAUAGUAAAGUAAAAGAUAGUGAUUCUGAUUGAUUCAAAUUAAUGUAAAAUUUAAUGUUGAUUUU